CUCAUUAACAGUAUUAGGAAAUUCAAGAAGCUUUAAAGUGAAUUUGUUUUGUGUACUAAUUCAGUUCAAUCAUAACGGAGUUCAAAUUCUAAUAAUGGUGCUCUUUAAAUAAAUACACGAAAAUAAGUAAGGAGCAAUUAAUAUUUUAUGGUCAAGUAUAGCUAACAAGAACAAAAUACGAUGGUAUUAUAAACACGAUCCUACUUUUGAGUGAGUUGCAACACCAAGAAAAAUAGUUGUUUAAAAGUGCAUGUGUACAAUAAUUCGCCAUGGAUAAUAAACCUGUUGCAUCUAAUGAUGAAUCAUAUACAGAGGACGAGAAUGCAAUGAUGGAGAAAAAUUUUUCCAUAGAAAAUUUGCCGUUGAAAAUAGAAAUUGAACAGAAAAAACCUGAUACAUUUUUCUUAUUAUUUAUGGUUAUAGCAGGAUCAAUGACUAACGCAGUUUCUGGUGCUCACUUAGUCUGGACCUCACCAGUAGUUCCCAAAUUAAAAUCGGAUAUUUCGGAUGAUAAUCCCAUAGGAAGGCCAGCAACGACGCUGGAGAUCUCCAUGAUAGCAGGCUUUGCUCCACUAGCAAUGAUCGGUGGCUCACUAGUACUUGGUACUUUAUCAGAGCUGCUUGGAAGAAAAAGAUCGUUGCAGCUGUUAGCGGUAGGAAUUUUUCUAGCCAAUGCGGUGUUGGCUUUCAGUAAUAAUAUAGUAUUAAUCAUAGUAUCCAGAUCCAUAUUGUUCUUUUUCUUCAACGGCACUAUGACUAUUUACCCAGUGUAUUUAACCGAGAUCUGUGAGGACCAUAACAGAGCAAAAUAUGGUUGCUUAAUGGGUGUGUUUUUGCCUUUUGGUAGCCUGUUAAGUUACGCUUUAGGAUCUUUUUUUAGUGUUAGAAUUUAUACUUUACUACUUUCUGGACCUCUAAUACUAUUCUUGGCGUUCUUCUUUCUUGCUCCAGAAUCUCCAGUGUACUCAUUAUCGAAAGGAAGAAGAAACGAAUGUUUACAAACUUUAAUGAAACUAAGAAGCAACAAGACUGAAAAAGAAAUUAUGGUAGAUAUGUAUAAAAUAGAAGAAACGAUACGGGCAAAAGAUUCAGGUACUUCGGCAAAUAGUAUGGCAUCUGUAUUUUCUACAAAAGAAAGAAGAUAUGCUCUAAUGCUAGCUCUAAUUCCAGUCGCCAUGCAGCCCCUAUCAGGAGUACUAGUGACCUUACAAUUUCUGGCCCCUCUUUUCAUUGCAGCUGGUUCCAAAUAUGAUAGCAAUCAUAUGUCGAUCAUAGUAGGAUCAAUAGAACUGUCCAGUUUUCUUCUAACAACCUGUAUUAUUGAAAGAACUGGAAGAAAGCCGAUGUUAUUAAUUUCAUCGAUCGGUAUUGGCAUUACUCACUUCGUUUUAGGUUUAUAUUUCUACUUAAAGUAUAUAGAAUGCUCUUUUAUAUCAUCCAUACACCUACUUCCUCUAGCUUGUGUUAUAAACCUCAUUCUGAUGUACUCAUUGGGUCUUGGCCCAAUACCCAUGGCAAUAAUGGGAGAAUUAUUCACUCCUGACAUCAGAACCAAAGCGUUAUCGUUAAUCAUGACCGUUUUGGGUAUAGGAUCAUUCGCCACUACCUCCAGUUAUCCUUUUAUGGUAGAGUAUUUGGGUAUGCAUUGGUGUGUUUGGAUCAAUAGUUUAUGUUGUAUAGCGGGAGCUACCUUUAUAUAUGUCAUGAUACCAGAAACAAAGGGUAAAAGUAUUGUUCAAAUCCAGGAAUACAUCAAAACUAAGUGCAAUAAAUGAUUUUAUAUUU